GGCCGGUAGGGCGCCUGCGCGAUGCGUGGUGUGCCUGGGCCCUUGACAUGGCGUACCAGUUGUACCGGAACACGACCCUCGGCAACAGCCUGCAGGAGAGCCUGGACGAGCUGAUACAAUCCCAGCAGAUCACCCCUCAGCUGGCUCUGCAGGUCCUACUACAGUUUGACAAAGCAAUCAACAACGCCUUAGCCCAGAGAGUUCGGAAUCGAGUAAACUUCAGGGGUUCUUUGAACACAUACAGAUUCUGUGAUAAUGUUUGGACAUUUGUCCUAAAUGAUGUGGAGUUUCGAGAGGUCACUGAACUCGUUAAAGUUGACAAAGUGAAGAUUGUUGCAUGCGAUGGCAAAAAUACUGGUUCGAAUGCUGCCGAAUAAUCCCAAAGUGGAUGAAAGUCUUUCAGUGAAAUAGCAUCCACACCAGACAUAUUGUGAAUAGUGCUGGUUAUUAGAUAGCAGCUGUCUGAUCUGUAACUGCUUCGACACAGAACAAGUAGUCGGGGGCUAAAUGUAUCCCCCAGGAUGUACUAUAUCAGUGAGAAUAUUACUUUUUAUAAAUUCCUCUUUUUUUAUGUUUGAAAGAUAAACCUGUAAUAAAGUUUUACUUAACUGUG